CUCAUGUUCUAUCACUACUUUGCAAACGACCUAGACACGUCAACCAACGAUUGAAAGUCCAUUGGACGUCGAAGCAUGCAGGCCUGCGAUCGUUGCCACUCUCGAAAGACGCGCUGUGACCGCCGGCUACCAAGUUGCACAGCUUGCGAAAAGGCUGGAGCUCAAUGUCUACACCGGGACAAGCUGAGGCAACGGCACAUGCCCCGUGGUUAUGUUGAUGGAAUUGAAAGCAGGCUGCAAACCACAGCAGAAGAGAACGCCAGACUGAGGCAGGAACUGGCUACGCUGCGCAGUUCCAUUGGCCCUGGAAACAGUGGAAGCUCGCAAGCCACCAUCAACUCCCCUAGGGCGCAGAGUUGGGACCAAAGCUCCUACAGUGUUAAUCCUGUCAUGAACGAUAGCCAAGACGAGGCGGGAAGAUUUGAUGCUGGACUCAGUGGAAGUCCGCAAGGCGCCGUUAACUCUGUCAAUGGAAACGGAUGGAAUCAAGGUUCUUAUGAUGCCAACCCCGUCAUGAACGAGGGCCGGACCGACGCGCGAAGAUCCACCGAUAGUCCUGUCGUUGAGCAACCAACCAGCACAGACAAUACCCCAGGAUCGACCGAAGAUGCGGUCAGCACUGAAGUGGGCUAUCUGUCACUCAAAGCCACAGGUGAGACGCGUUAUGUCGGCUCUAGUAGCGGCAUCGGCCUAGCCAGCAUCAUCAGUCAUAUGGUUGACGAAGGCGCGGGGCUCACACUGCUGCCCACGGACAUGAGAGAUGCGAAUCCCCCCGGUCCUCUCAACACUGCCGGCCCUUGCGUGGAUAGCUCACUGCCUCCACGACAAUCGGCGAUGCCUUUCAUAGAGGCAUAUUUCCAACACACGCACAUCACUUUCCCGCUGCUACAUCGCACAAGCUUUCUCCGUACCGUCGACCAGAUAUAUAGCGAUCCAGACUAUUAUGCAACACAUAUAUACGAUGCAUACGUAUUCGACAUGGUUCUGUCAAUCGGAAGCUCUAACUUCAAUCGAUUCGGAGACGCAUCAGCUAGCUCGGCAACCCAUUACUCUCGGGCACAAACAAAAUUGCCUACUGUAUUGGGAAUGCCUAGCUUGAGGCCACUUCGGGCAAUCAUCCUCCUCUCACAACACGGCAUAUUUAGCAAUCUCAAAGACACCAGCGCUAGCAUAUGGCAUCUAAUAGGAAUUGGCGUGAGAAUAUGCUAUGAGAUGGGGCUCCAUCUCGAACCGCGUCCUUCUGGUAACUUCGGAGAAGCGCAACCUAAGCUCGUGACGUUCGAAGAAGAGAUGAAUCGACGGUGCUUUUGGUGCCUAUACAACCUUGAUCGGGUCGUAAGCUUCACGCUCGGUCGUCCAGCCGCUAUCAAAGACGAGGACAUCGAUGUCUCGUUACCUUCGUAUCUCGAUGAUUCUGAAUUCGGCCCUGGCAAACCGCUCCCUCAAGGACAGGCCACUGGUUUGAGAUCAUCUCCAUUCUUGCACCUCAUCCGCAUCCGUCGUCUAUCUGGAGAGAUUCUGGUGGCAUUUUAUGCUGCGAGACAAAACCCUUAUCUAACUUACGACGAAAAACGAAAACUUCGACACGAACUACACGAGCAAGUCGUCAAAUGGAAGGACGACACCGUGCACCUCAACUUGGUUGCUAAACCCGAACAUAACGGCUCUUUCAAAUCCUGCUUCUUGUCUCAGGAGUGGUACACAGCUGUUUACAAUAACGCCAUGCUUCUCCUCUACCGACCCUCACCAUCCUUUCCCCAUCCCACGAACUCGGCAAAUCAAGGCAAUGAAGAAGGGGAUCUCUUGCACCUAUUCACCGCCGCCAAAAGUACUAUCAAUGCAUAUGCGGAGCUGCAUAGUAAGAGGCGCCUUAAUUAUUCUUGGAUAACGUUGCACGGGGUCUUCCUCGCUGGUCUUGCGUAUGUAUACUGCGUCGGUCGCGCCCUGAAGGAUCCUACGCCACUUUUGCCAGUCCCAGCAUAUCUAGAAAUCAUCGACGAUACCCGCGCCUGCUCGAACGUCCUAGUAGCCAUCUGCGAGCGAUGGAACGUUGUCCGCCGGUCCUGCGAACUCUUCAACCGGCUCAGCAACGCCGUCAUCCGCGACGCGGUCAACGACGCAGCAAAACAGCACCACCAUAGGACAUUCAACCAAACCUAUACUCUAGACCAAAACUCUAGACAGGUCCAGAAUCAAACGAGUCCGACUCAAGCUAGCGCGCAACAACACAGCACGGCACCAACCAAUUUCAACGAUUUUGGCAUGGCGAUGGAUCAAAUACCAAUAGGCGAUCAUUUCUUUGUCGCCGAUGAGUUCAGACAGUACUCAGAAACGUUUGACGGGAUGUUUUCGGACGACCAGACUUUUCCGAGCGAGCUUGUGACGGGCUUUUCUCAGGAUUGGCCGUUCGAUGACACGUUUGUUCAACAACCAACGUACGGAAUACCGAUGCAACAUGAGAGCAACCUGCAGAAUUGACGUCGUUGAAAGCGGAAAUCUUUAUGUCUUUGAUCUAAUUAACUGUAUCUAUACA